AUUGUGCUAAAGAUCCUCCUUCCUUAUUAUUUGAGCGAGGGCGUAAUAUUUCGUUAACACAUUUCAUGCGAAAUAUCUAAUGAUUCAGCGCAUGCGUAUGCACUCUCCUUUUUUUAUGUCUUUAUGAUAGUUUUAUUACCGUAACCAAGGGAACGAGUGAUCACACAUUUAUUUAAGGGAGAGACAGAAGUGACACAGAGAAACAAUCGUAAGCUUUCGUACCAAAUAGAAAUUAAAAUCGUACUUAGGGUUCAAAGUACACGUUCGUUCUUGAUUUAUGUUGACGGUACAGAGUUUUGUGGCAAAUGACACGUGUGCAUUUUAACAACAGUUAGUUGAUUUACUGUUUUACUUUACUCAUGUGCCAACCGAUUUCUGAAGAAGUCUAAACUUAAUUUGUUUUCACUUGAUAUUGAAUGGUGCUUGAAAGUUGAAAUUGAUAGUGAGAACUUGUUAUACUUAUACUAUAGUGGGUAUGGAAAUCAUAGGCCUAAUUCCAACACACCACAGAAAUUUGACAAAGUUACCGUUGGUUUCAAGCAUUUUGUGCCUAAUCCUGUUUAUUGGCAAUACUUGCUCUUUGGAUGGAGAGGAGAUCUUGGAUGAAAGCAAGGAUGGUCCCUCAGCUACAGCCGAAGAAAUUAGAAGAAAAUGGGGAGCAGUGGACAUUGUGAGAGACUUGGACCACAUACGAGAAGAUGUAAGUAAAGUUAUGAAACUUCAAGAAACAGGAGUUAUUUCAUCAAAUGAGGCUUUAUUUUAUUUUUUUCGGCUUCAUGAUGUGGAUAAUAAUGACAAACUAGACGGUUUAGAACUUCUGGCUGCCAUUAAUCACGUGGUUGAUGACGAAGUUGAUGAUUACCUAACAGAAAUACCAAUUUCCAACGACAUUCCAACAUCUCGCUCAGAACAAGAAAAAUGGAACGCAAAGUUCGAUGAAGAUUCAGUUUUCAUCGAUAAAAUAUUGCAAGAAGAUGAUCUCGACAAAGACGGAUUUUUGACGUAUUCGGAGUUUGUUUCAGGUAGAUUAAGAGACAUUUCAGCUUAAAUAGGCUCACUCCAAACUCAUGUCUUACCUGGAUUAGCCCUAUAUUUG